GGAGAUAUUUGAAAAAGGAGAAAAUAAUAAAUAAUAAUAUCAGGAGAAACUCCGAUGCCCAUUCUCUCUCUGGAUCUCCCCCAUUGACUAGUGAUCGAUUUGCACACCAAAAAUCUCCAUCUAACUAACGAUUCCUCUGGUGCUUAGGGUUCUAACCACACUGCAAAGCAAAGCAUCUCCUUCCUCACGCCGCCAUGUUCUGGAAGCUCGCCUCUCUCUCCGCGUCCUCUCCCGUGGAUUCGAUACUAGACAAGGAGAACUACACACUGGAAGAGCUUCUUGACGAGGAAGAAAUCAUUCAAGAAUGCAAAGCUUUGAAUAGCCGUCUCAUUCAUUUUCUAAGGGAUAAAGCUCAAGUGGAGCAACUGUUGCGGUAUGUUGUUGAAGAACCUGAGGAGGACGAUGCUGAUUCCAAACGUGCUUUCAAGUAUCCGUUUGUCUCUUGUGAGAUAUUCACUUGUGAAAUUGAGGUUAUUCUUAAGACUUUGGUGGAGGACGACAAGCUGAUGGAUUUACUAUUCUCCUUUUUGGAACCUAGUCGUCCUCAUAGCGCGUUGCUGGCUGGCUAUUUUGGCAAGGUUGUCAUAUGUCUUAUGAUCAGAAAGACUGCAGCACUUAUGAACUAUAUAAAAGGGCAUCAAAAUGUGUUUAGCCAACUGGUUGAUUUAAUUGGAAUAACAUCCAUUAUGGAGGUUUUGGUUCGCUUGGUUGGGGCUGACGAUAACGUCUAUCCCAAUUUUCCGGAUGUGAUGCAAUACUUGGCUGAUAGCGAUUUACUUGAAAUGAUUGUGGACAAACUAAACCAAUCAACUCCUCCUGAGGUUCAGGCAAAUGCAGCAGAAACAUUAUGUGCAAUCACUCGAAAUGCUCCUUCAACUUUAGCUACAAAACUCUCUAGCCCUGGCUUCGUUUCAAGGAUAUUUGGUCAUGCUACAGAAGAUUCACAUUCAAAAUCUGGCAUUGUUCAUUCACUUACUGUGUGCAUCUCUCUGUUAGAUUCGAGGAGAUCUGCUGCUUCAUCGUAUUUCUUCAAUUCUUUUAGAGGUCAACAUAUGUUUGAAUCCCCCGCUCCAGUGUCCCAGGAGACUAUUAUUGCCAUGCUACCAAAGCUCGGUGACAUGCUUAUGCUUCUGAGUGUAGCGUCGGACAGCAAAGUAUUACCUACAACGUAUGGAGAGCUGAGACCGCCUCUUGGAAAGCAUCGUCUGAAGAUUGUAGAAUUCAUUGCGGUUUUGUUGAAAUCUGGAAAUGAAGCUGCUGGGAAAGAAUUAGCGAGCUCUGGGACAAUAAAAAGGAUCCUUGAACUAUUUUUCGAGUACCCAUACAAUAACGCUCUGCAUCACCAAGUGGAGAGUAUUAUACUCUCUUGUUUGGAAAAUACGAGCGAAACAAUGAUUAACCAUAUCCUUAAAGACUGCAAUCUGAUAUCCAAAAUUCUUUCAUCAGACAAAGACUCUGUUCUUUCUGGUGAUAAUCUGCCUACCGUAGCUGCCACUGGGAAAAAGCCACCAAGAGUUGGAUAUGUUGGACAUAUCACAAGACUAUGGAAUAAACUUGUCCAGUUGAGUGGUACCAGUGUCUUGAUAAAGGCAUCUCUUGAGGAAAACAGUGAAUGGAAGGAGUGGCAAAGUAGCGUUCUGCAAGAGCGCAACACUGUUGAGAAUGUGUACAGAUGGGCGUGCGGGCGCCCAACUACACUACAAGAUAGAACAAGGGAUAGCGAUGAGGAAGACAGGGACUACGAUGUUGCAGCUCUGGCCAAUAAUCUGAGCCAAGCAUUUAACUACAGAACCUAUGGAAACGACGAUAAUGAAGAGGACCACAAUACUCGUGACAGAGACGAUACUGAUGCUUACUUUGACGAUGAAUCUGCUGAUUUAGUAAUUUCAUCGUUGAGACUUGGAGAUGACCAAGGAAGCUUGCUCACAAACUCGGACUGGUUCACAUUCCAAGACCACACUUUCAGCGAAGACGUUAACAUGAACGGAAACUCAAAUGCCAACAAUAGCAGCAGCAGUAGCAGCGACGAUGAAGUUAUGGUUGGAGAAGAAGACGAUGAUGAUCAAACCGAGAAACAGGAGGACAUCAUCUCUCCUGACAAAUUAUCAACAUCAGUGAGCAGCGAUGAAUCAUCUGAAAUGCAAGUCACUAGCUCCGGUCUGAGCCCAUCCAUCGACGUACCAAUGCUCGAAGCGGAACCAGUUAUUGCAAACGGUUCACCAACAUCUGGAAGCAGAAGCUCGCCUCCUCCUCCGGGGGUGGUAAAAGCAUUGUUUGAAGAGGAUGUGGAGUUUGUGGGAGUGGAAGCAGAAGGGACAGAGAAAGCAAUGGAGCAGGCUUUGAAAGAAGGGAUAGUUGGUGAAGCUGGACCAUUGAAACGUAGUAAUAUCGUUCAGAAAGUUUCAGAAAACGAAAGCCAGAAGGAAAACUCGGGAGUGAAAGAGUUCAACGAUGCAAAUUUUUGGAGGGUUGAUCAAGAAGUUGCAGUUUUGGAGUAAACUAAAAGUCUGCAUUUUUAUCAGAUUUUGUGUUGCAUAAUGUUUGUUAUUUUAUAUGAAUUGAUUUAUAUAAACCGUGGACAGUUAUGGUUGCAUGCCAUCAUUCCUUUUAUUUUGCACUCAAAAAUAAUUCCUAUUUAAUUCAGGAAUUUUCUCUGUUGUAAUUGGAAUUUAUCGUCAUAAAAUCAUCAUUUUUUUGUUUUGUU